UGCUCGUGGCAGCCUGCUGUCACCUCCCCUUCUGGCAAUGGGGAAUGGACUCUCGGACCAGACGCCCAUCCUCUCCAGCCUACCUUCUUUCCAGAGUUUCCACAUUGUCAUCUUGGGACUGGACUCCGCUGGAAAGACGACCGUGCUCUACAGGCUGCAGUUCAAUGAGUUCGUCAACACUGUCCCCACUAAAGGAUUUAAUACGGAGAAAAUAAAAGUGACGCUGGGCAACUCUAAAACGGUCACUUUCCACUUCUGGGAUGUGGGCGGCCAGGAGAAGCUGAGGCCGCUGUGGAAGUCGUACACGAGGUGCACCGAUGGCAUUGUGUUUGUGGUGGACUCUGUCGAUGUCGAGAGAAUGGAGGAGGCCAAAACAGAACUUCAUAAAAUUACUAGGAUAUCUGAAAAUCAAGGAGUGCCUGUCCUUAUCAUUGCUAACAAGCAGGACUUGAGGAACUCUCUCUCCCUUUCCGAAAUUGAGAAAAUGUUAGCAAUGAGUGAGCUGAGUUCUUCGACUCCUUGGCAUUUGCAGCCUACCUGUGCAAUCAUUGGAGAUGGACUCAAAGAGGGACUGGAGAAACUACACGAUAUGAUAAUCAAGCGAAGGAAAAUGUUGAGGCAGCAGAAAAAGAAGAGAUGAGUUAUAUUUUGACCUUUCUAUUUUAGAGUAGGUUAC